AUGCCCGAGGAGAAGUCUUCUUCUUCUCCCUCUUUUUCGCCCACGUUCUGUCUUUUCCUCUUUUGUACACUAAUCUCUUUGUGGCCGUUCUUUUCCAUUCUCCCUCCUUCUAUCCUUCUUUCUACUCUCACUCCCCUCUUUAAUUCAUUGUCUCUUCAUCUUUUUUCUUCCUCUUCUACCUUUUUCCCUCCCUCAUUCUUUCUUUUAAUAUCUUCCUCUUUUCUACACCCACUACUUCUCUCUGUGUGGUUCUUCUUUUCUAUUCUCCCCCAUUUUAUCACUCUCUAUCCUCACUCCCUCUUUCACUCUCUUGCUCACCCUCAUUCUAUUCUCCUUCUACUCUCCCUCUCUUGCCGCUCCUCUUUUUUAUACUCCUCUAUCUCUGUUUCUUUUCCCACUUUGUCUUUCUAUCCGCCACUACUCUCUCCUGAUUCUCUUUUCUAUUCUCUCUGUUAUCUCUCUCUCUCUUUUUUUCCUAUCCCCCAUUUUAUUAUCUCUAUCUCACUCUUCGCUUUUCUGGCUCCCUUUUUCUCUCACUUUUUCUCUACCUUACAUCUCUCUUUCUUUCUCUCUCUCUUACUCCCCAGACCAGAUAAAAACUCUUCGACGAUUUAUUUAUCUUAUCUCUCUCUCUCUCUCUCUCUCUCUCUCUCUCUGUUCUCUCUCUCUCUCUCUCUCUCUUCUGCUGUCCGGCUUCUCUUAUAG